GGUGCGGCGCUUCAACUUCAAAUAGGUAGUGUCAAAACAGUGCCAGUCACCAUCUGACACCUACAAGAGAAUCUGUAGCGACAGACUUUGAGCUUUUCUUUUCUUUUCCUAUUUGAAUCAUUUACUUUGUUCUGCACUGGAGAUAUACAGGAAGGGACCACCGCAGAUUUCACUUUUGCACUCAGAUUGUUCUUUCCGUCUCUCUCAGCAUGGCUUCAACAACCUGCACCAGGUUUACCGACGAAUAUCAGCUGUACGAAGAACUGGGAAAGGGAGCCUUUUCUGUGGUUAGAAGAUGCAUGAAAAUCUCAUCUGGUCAGGAAUAUGCUGCCAAAAUAAUCAACACCAAGAAGUUGUCUGCCAGGGAUCACCAAAAGCUGGAACGAGAGGCCCGAAUUUGUCGCCUGCUCAAGCAUCCCAACAUUGUGCGGCUCCAUGACAGCAUAUCAGAAGAGGGAGUCCACUACCUUGUCUUUGAUUUAGUCACGGGAGGAGAACUGUUUGAAGAUAUUGUUGCCAGAGAAUACUACAGUGAGGCAGAUGCCAGUCAUUGCAUUCAGCAGAUCCUUGAGGCCGUCCUCCACUGCCACCAGAUGGGAGUGGUUCAUCGUGACCUGAAGCCAGAGAAUCUUCUUUUAGCCAGUAAACUCAAAGGAGCAGCGGUGAAGCUGGCUGAUUUUGGGCUGGCCAUCGAGGUGCAGGGAGACCAACAAGCAUGGUUUGGUUUUGCUGGAACUCCCGGUUAUUUGUCUCCGGAGGUGCUGCGGAAGGAGCCGUAUGGCAAACCAGUGGACAUGUGGGCAUGCGGUGUGAUUCUUUACAUUCUUCUGGUGGGUUACCCUCCAUUCUGGGAUGAAGACCAACACCGACUUUACCAGCAGAUCAAAGCUGGUGCUUAUGACUUUCCUUCUCCUGAGUGGGACACAGUGACACCAGAGGCCAAAGAUCUGAUCAACAAGAUGUUGACUAUAAACCCUGCCAAACGAAUCACAGCCGCUGAAGCACUGAAACACCCCUGGAUCUGUCAACGCUCCACCGUGGCGUCCAUGAUGCACAGACAGGAGACGGUUGAAUGCCUGAAGAAGUUCAACGCCAGGAGAAAGCUUAAGGGUGCCAUCCUCACCACCAUGCUUGCUACACGGAACUUCUCAAGCAAGAAUCCCUACAAGAAGCCUGAUGGUGUUAAGGAGCCUCAAACUACUGUUAUCCACAAUCCAGCCGACGGGAACAAGGAAUCGUCAGAGAGUGUCAACACCACUAUUGAAGAUGAAGACAUUAAAGCCAGGAAACAGGAGAUCAUUAAAGUCACAGAGCUGCUGAUUGAAGCCAUUAAUAGUGGAGAUUUUGAAGCGUACACGAAGAUCUGUGACCCCGGGCUGACCUCUUUUGAACCGGAAGCUUUGGGAAACCUCGUGGAUGGGACAGAUUUCCACAGGUUCUACUUUGAAAACUCGCUCUCCAAAAGCCAUAAACCCAUUCAUACCAUCUUGCUGAAUCCUCACGUGCACCUGAUUGGUGAGGAUGCUGCGUGCGUUGCCUAUAUACGGCUCACCCAGUACGUGGAUGCCAACAGCAUGCCGCGCACCAUGCAGUCAGAGGAAACCCGUGUCUGGCACCGCCGUGAUGGCAAAUGGCAGAACAUCCACUUCCACCGGUCUGGCUCGCCAACUGUGCCCACCAAGUGAGUUCAAAAGGCCUCUAGAGCCCAACUGCUGAAAUCAAGACAUCAACUGAGCUUCAACAAGUGUCUGCCACACCACAACCACGAUCUUCACUGUUUGAUCUACUGUACCCGAGUCUUGUUUACAUAUCGUCAAUGCUGGAUUAUAGAAUGGAAAGGGAUGGAGAAUCAUUUCAUAUCAGGAUGUGGUGUGUGUGUGUGUGUAUGUGUGCAUUUAUAUGUAUUGAGUAUGCUGUUUACACACUAUACUCAUUAUGUGGAAUGCAUGUUCUUACUAAGUACUUUAAUCAAUUUUAAAGGGUUACAUUUUUGUAUAACAUUGUGAAGCCAUGUGUUGGUAAACGGUGUUGUUUGGGUAUAAGGAUAUAUUUUGAUUGAUCAUUCAAAUUCUGUUGUACAUGUAAUCACAGGGAUAAAAUGAGAGGAUGCCAAGUUGUAAAGUAUAUCAAAAAAGCCAAAACAAUUGUGUGCAUUUAUGAUCUAAGAAUUUUUAGCAUUAUAAAAGUAACAUCGGUAAUCCGAGUUAGACAUCUAUAAUUGUCUAGCAAACCAUGGCGUUUACAAAACAUUGUAGUUAUCUUUGAUUUUUGUGCUUUUCUAAAUUUUUAUCGACGAAUAUAAUGGGAGAGAAUUUACUGAUUUCUUGAAAUGACAAAAAUGGGCUUGCUUGUGAUUUUCAGUGAUGUACAACAUUUUGUGAAGUUACGUGAACUGCUAUUCUUGCUUUACACUUUGGAGUAUUAACAGUUUAAUGUUAGCAUACGUAGGAGCGUCGUGCUAUUUUAUGGACUAGUUCUUAGCACCAAAAAAUGUAUUUUGCUCAUAAAGUAUAAUUUUGGACUUCAUCUGAACUUAAUACUUGUAAUGGGAAAAUAAUGUUACAUAACUCAUUAUACAGUACAACAUGUGCUCAUACACUCAUUCUGAGAAACACAAAUGGCUGGUAAAGCCAAACAUAUGCCCUAUUCCAAAACCUAGUGAGCUGCCUACAGAGGAGGCUUUUGCUGCCUCCUAAAAUGCAUUGUUUGGACCAAAUUCAAAGCCAGACCCUUCAUGGAAAAGAUAAUGCCUGAAUGCAUUGUGACAAGGUCAGUGAAAUAUAAAUCCAAGAUGGCAGACCAGGCGAGAUUAAUGUUGUAGUACCUAAAUAAUUUGCACGCGCAGGUGAGAUUUGUGAAUGUGUAAAUUUGUUUUGCACGCGCGCAGCACGUUUUGUAAAGGUGUAGAUCAAGUUGCAAGACUUUUAUUUCGCGCUUACACUUUGCCCACUGUUUUUGCACAUAAACAUGGCCAAUAACAUUGCAAACUUGCGAUAUGCAAGCAAAGAAAGCCAUGUCACGAACAGCUAAAUGGGGUUGACCGCGUAGAUUCAGUAUUUAAGAGAGGAGAUAUACCCAGAGGAACGACGCUUAGCCAUAUAAAGAGCAAUCAGUCUGUCACGCUAUUAAACCUCAUUUGAUUGUUUACAGGUUUUCCCGCCUUCCCCGCUUGCAAAACUAUUUUUCAGUGAGAAAUUCGUGCCAAAAGUGAUCGCAAAAAAAGGGAAAACAGAACAGUGUAUAUCUGAUUAUUUCUGGAAAAUAUUUAUGACACAAAAACAAGUAAUUUAAACGUUUGCAUUAGUUUAUUUUACACAUACAGACGCAUUAUACGUGGUCAGUCUGUUUAGUAGUUCAUUGCACCCUUUCUUUGCUUGCAUAUUGCAGGUUUGCAAUGUUUUUGGGUCAUGUUUAGGCGAAAAAACAUUAUCAAAAGACCAGGCGGCAUAGUAUGUCCCGAAAGGUUGGAAACUCCAGUAUUAAAGAACCACACAUGUAGCUUAGCAUAAAGCUAACACCACCAGACGCUAUUAAAAUAAUUUGCAAGUCAUUUUAUGGAGUGUGUGGGAAUUUAAAAUCGGUCAAUUUAGCUUUCACGUCAGUUUGCAGAGUUAUUCAAGUCAGCUCACUUGGUUUUUGAACUGAGUUAUUUUUCUUCAUUUUUAAUUCCUAAUCCAUUAAUAAACUGAAAUGUACAGUUGUGUUGUGGUAACUUCUUAAUACUUGUGCAUAUAGUCUUACUGUGGACCUUAUUCACGGUAGCGCCAUCUUUGAUUUUAAUGGGAAUGACAACGAGGCUGUGAGGGAUAGACGUACACAGUCUCUUCAAUGGCACACGCGGUAUAAAGCUGCAAAAAGCUUCAAGAUCACAUCCGAUUUUCCACAACUCAUGUUGCCUGGAGUUUUUUUGUUUAUGUUAAUGAAAACGUGUCUGUUAAAUAAGCCAAAAACACUUUUAAACUACAGUGCAACCUAUUAAAUUGACUGUACGUCUUUCCCUCACAGCCUCAUUGUCAUUCCCAUCAAAAAUCAAAUAUGGCUGCUGUGAAUAAGGUCUAUGCUACUCAUUGGAAUUUGCAGUAUUCUUCAGGGAAAACCAUGGCGGACAGCUUCAGUUCUUAUAUUAACUGAGUAACAUGACUUUCCAUUCUUUGUCAUCUCUAUUUACAUUGAAUACUUAGUCGAAAUGUAUUAUUCAAAACCAAAUGCCCCAUUUCUUAUGGGAGGCAAGCAAAACCCCCUUCUAAAGAUCUACAUAAACAUCAAUCUUUUGUACUGUAGUAGCACAAAUGCAACAAAUAAAUCAUGGAGAGUGAAACACAAGUUAAAUACAUGUACAGUUUAUUAUAAGUACUCACUGCAGCUGCUGUUUUCACCAUAUGCUGCCAUCGCCACGGAAUAUGCUUAACAAAAUUUCCAAUUUUUGUUUUUAUAGUUUUUUCUUAUUUUGGGCUACAAAGUGAACAAGGUAUAGUCUGAAUAGGACUGAAUAAUCAGUGGUUAUCCCAAACCAGUUCUGAAUUCUGAAUCGAACUCUUUCAAGUGUGCAUGCUAUUGUCCGUUACAAAGAAAGCAGAUUAUUAUUCUAUUCACUAUGAUAACUGCGCACAAUAUCACAGACAUACACACUUUCACACCCUUGACAUGCAUCACAUUAUUAGCCAAUAUUCAAUUGUUAAUUACCUGUAUUGCUAAUAUUAUUUGCUCUAUUAACUGCUAAGCGUGAUGUGCAUCCUGGUUAUAGUCAAACUGGUUUUGUGUAAAUUGUGCUUGUAUUAACGAUCACAAAUUAUAACAAGCUUGAAGGAUCAAAUAUAUCCUAUAAUAUGUUCUAAAUUUAGAACACAAUGUUUUAGCUUUGAUCAUCUUAUUUUUUAAAAAUGCAUUAUAUUCUUAGAACAUUUGAAACAUUCUAAACUGAUUCAAAUAAAUUGGAACUUUUUAAAUGAUUCAAAUUCGAAUGAGAUUUAACCUCCUUACACUGAUACCUGUAUAAUUAGGGAGGACACCUGCCAUUUUCAUUUUGGGGGGUUAACUACACUAUUCCUUUAACAAUAGGAACACAUUACAUAUCUAAAUCUGCUCAUUCUUCUUAAAAGAAAAUUAGGUCAAUGUGAGAUUAACAUUUUUUUUAUUAUUAUUUUUACAUCAUUGCAACCACAGGGGGAUAACCAAAACUGCCAAUAUUCAAUCACUUUGCCCUCUCUGAUCUGAGUCAUGUUGUAAGUGCCAGGAGGAGCUCCACAAAUAGGGAAGAGGUACAAGUCAAACCCACAAGCGCACAAAUUUGGGGAUUCAAAUAAUCUUUAAAUUCAGCCAUACUUUAAAGGGACAGUUCACCCAAAAAUGAACACUCUCAUUAUUUAUUCACCCUCAUGCCGUCACAGAUGUGUAUGACUUUCUUUCUUCUGCAGAACACAAGAAGAAUAUGUCAGCUC